GUGGAUGACCUAUCCGAGCAGCUGAAUGAAGCUAUGAAGCGGGUGGCCGAUGAGCGCAGUCAGCGUCUCAACAUUCAGGCAGAACUAAUGGCCUGUCAAUUGGACUAUCGGACCUCCCUCUCAAACUCCACGUACGCUGGAUACUCGACGUCCACUAGGUACACGCCCUGCAACUCUAUGACACAGUCUUUUUCUCUCGGUACUCUUCCGUCGGAGGUCAACCUCGGCGAUCUUCCCUCCACGAACCAACCACAUCUGCCGAUUGCCCUGCCCUCGACGCCUUCCUGA